CUCGUUAGCUAGUCCUCAAUGUCCAACGUCUCUAUGGUACAACCAACGGUACGCCUUUGGAAUGCAGGCUCUGCCGCAGGCUGGAAGCAGCGUCGCGACGAAGCGCGAGCUGCGAGCGGCUUUCCUGCUAUUAGCGAUUUGCGUGGCAAGAAGCUCGAUGAUGCUCUCGCAACAGAGCGUAGAAAGAUGAACAAAAGACUUAGGGCCUACUAUAGUAGCACAGUCGCUUGGCCGGUACAGAAAGCACCCUUGGAAACCUAUUCAGCUCCGUUCUCCGGAACUCUAUAUUUGCCACUCAACUACUCUCAAAAGCAUGGCUAUGAGAAGAUACAGAUUCACGAGGGUGAUGAUCUCAACUUUCAAACCUUUGAGUUCUAUAAUCAAAGAGUUGGCUCCGACUAUGCAGGAGUCAACUAUGUGUCGACGGAUGGGCUGUUAUCGCGACGUAAUGAGUACCUUGGACCGGCACCCUAUGUAUCUGGAUACCAUUUUUCUGCCAACGAGCGAAAGAUUAUGAUUGAGUGGUGGGACAUUUAUCUGCAUGAACAAUGGAUCGGUAACGAACGCUGGGAAAUAUCAUUAUAUUUCGAUACCACCAUUCAAGGAUGGGUUACACGGCCUCGUGGGGAUCCCGACAACAGCCUUGACAUGAAGGAAUAUCUGGGAUGUUGA